UCAUUGUGUGCGUGUGGGCGUCGGUAUGCCGAUGGGCCCAUGGGUGAGGACGUGCGGGCUGUCUCGACGGCGAGACGCGGAGGCCGACACGCCGAGACGCCUGGGAUCUCGGUCCUCUGGCACACCUGUAGCAUACACAUGAAGACAUGGAUAGUUGCGGGUCUCUGCCACGGUCCGUGCGUGUGCGCCUCACCUCGGUCCCGAAGAGCUGUCGACUUGUCGUGGCGGUGCGCAUCCAAGCCGCCGCCCCGCUCCCUCUCCUUGCCGUCAUCCAGGUGCCCACGGGACGAUGCCUCCGAUGGAUCACGUGAGGGGCGAGACAGGCCAAUGCCGUAUCGGUCGCGCCGACACAAUCCGUCGUCAUCGCGAGGCCAACCACGCCCUGCCCCCAACACCUCACGCACACUCGCGGAUGUCGGGUGGAUUCUCCGCACGCAGGGGAUGUCAUGGUGAGGGUGGUGAGGGUUUGUAUUGAUCGUUUGUAUUGAUCGUUUGUAUUGUGGUGGGCUGGGAGGCCGGGAGCCCUCUGACGAGAUGGAUCGCGAGCGGUGGGGAGAGCGGCGACGGACGGAGCGGCGAGGAGAGAGGUGGAAUCUGGGCAGGGGGGGAGGAUCUGAUAGAGACAUCCAUCCAUUCAUCCAUCCAUCGGCGUGUGUUGGAUGGUGUAUGGGUCGCUCUCUCAACACCCACCACGCUGGUUUGGGCUCUGUGCGAAGGCCACCAGCCGGCACGCCAUAGCGAACUCCUCCCAGCCGAGCCCAUUCUUGUUACGGGUGACCAAUCUAAGAAUCUGGACGACCAUAACCGCCACCACACACACACACGCACACACACGGGCAGACAAACACGUCUCGACGACUCUAUGUAUGCGUGUGCGCAUUGUGCAUUGUCCAUGCCUGGUCAGCCACUGCCACAUUUAUGCCCAAUGUGAGUAGGAUCUGUCUCGCCCUGCCGUGCCGGACGAACCCCAGGCAAUCACCGCCUGCCGCUCUGACACAGGGAGACACACACAUAAAAUGGUGUGGAUCGAACACCUGACCCACACGCGCACCCGAAUAGGCUUCUGUAGAGGGGGAUCUCGUGUUGGUUGACUCGCACUGAGGGUGGUGGGGGUGGUGGGGCGUUGGUCGCAGGAUGUCGACGCACGCCAGGGACACUGUUGAGGACCGCCCCGCCCCGCGCCGACCCCCCGCUCGACAUGUUGCUACGGCCUGCCGUUGCUGCUGAUUGCGCGUUGGGUGACGAUGGAUCCGGAGCUGGUGCUUGGGCGAGUGCAGGAGCCGGGGAUGGCUCACUGGGUGCUGCUGUGGGCUCACUGACCGCAACCCCCUCGCCCUCAACCUUCUCCGGGGUAACUGAAGGAGCCCAGCUUCUGGCAAAGACCUCGAUCCGCUGGACUCGGCCCCGCUGCGGCGGCGGGAUGUCUGGCCCAGUCACGGCCAGUCUCGCACGUGUGUCGCUCGAGACGCCUGGCGGCUGUGUGUGGGCAGAGGUGGUGGUGGGGUCAGGGAGCUGGAGGGUGAGGGCCUCCAGCCCCUGCAACGCGUGGUGCAGCGCGUCCUCGAUCUCCGCCAGCGUGCUGCGGUCGCCCUCGUGGAAGCUGGUGGCCACUUUGCUGAUGUUGCACAUCUUGUCCAGCCAGUUCCUCGCCCACUCGAGGCCGCUUGGUUUGUCCAACAGGCCGCCCAGAGGGCUGUCGAGGCUCUUCUCGUCACCGAGGGUAGGGCGGCCUCGGCUGUCGAUGAAGUGCUUGCGACGCGGGAGGCCCGCAGUGGCGCGCAGCUCAAUCUCGAAGCGAACCUCCUCCUCCUCCCCCGGCGCCAGGGAGUCAUCGAUGGGGCGGCCCCGAGUGGCGGCUGAGUGGAUCAGCAGUCCGCAGCAGUAUGCCGCGGUCGCCUCGCCCACCCAGACGCCCUCCUGCUCCCCCUUGCCCACCAGCAGCCCUCUGGCACGGAGCUGGUUGCGGGCCUUGGCCCGCGCGUCCGCCACACCGGGCAUUUCGGCCUUCUGCGCCUCGUUCCAUGGGCCAGCUCGUCCGAAAGAGAUGAUGGUCUCCGGCGCCUGAAACGAGCGGGUGCCGCAGGGAAUCUGCAGCUCCUUGAGCUGCCUGGCACAGUCCAGCGGGACGAGGGCCGUGCGGUCGGCGGGGCCCAAGAAGGUGGGCGGCUGUCGAGUGCUGGCCCUGCUGCCGGUGCUCGUCCCCGUUCGGCUGCUGCCGGUGCUGCUGCUGCUGUGGGCGCCGCUGAGGGUGAUGAUGUUGCCAAGGUCGAUCAUCCUGACGCCAUUGUCGGCUGGGUAUGGCCGCAGGGGCCUCUUGCCGUGCAGGGUCGUCUGGGGUAUCAUCACGUUCUUGUAGAAGCCGUCUGGGUGGAGGACGCCGCAGUCCAUGGCUCCCCCGUGGGCCUGGACCACGAGGAGGAGGGCGCGGGUGAUGACCAGGAGGUCCUGCCGCAGCAGCUCUACCCUCUCCUCGAGUGUGCUCGUGUCGAUGCUGCGCUCGAAGCGAUCCACAGCCGCACCCACGUUGUAUGGGGUGAGGUCGCUGACUUCCGCCCACCCAAACUGCUUGGCGGCCUCGACGAACUCAUCACCUGCAUUCAGGACACACACACAACACAGCACGACAAACACGGACCACAAUGAGGGACCUGCCCGCCCCACAUGACCCGCCGUCCCGGUGCCCUGAUCUAUCUGCUCUGGCCUGAUCUUGCUUCCCCCCUGGCUGCCCACAGUGCGUGGCUCGCUCGCUGCCUCACUCACCCUCAAGCACCUCCAUGGCUAUGCACAGCACGGCGGUCUUAGUGCCGUUGGCCUUUUCGUACAUGGCCGGCUUGCCGGGGUCGGUGUCCGCCACCAAGAGGCGGAUGAAGGGCGGCCACCCCCCCAUCCGCCGCAUGGCCUUGGCCUCGGCCUGCAGCUCCGCUAUCCCCUGCUGCUGGGUUGGGGGAUUGUUGGGCAGGAGGGUGAGCCGCUUCAAGGCCACCUCGACUGGCAUGCCGUCCCCGCACGGCAGAGGCCGCCAAAGCUUGGCCCGCACGACAGCCUCACCCUUGCCCUUGCCGAGAGUGGGGCCCUCUUCAAACUCGGCCCUGUGGCCGGUCUGAAAGACGAUGGCCGACAUGCUCAUCGUCUGCUGCUGAUGCUGCUGCUGGUGCUGGUGAGCGGACGCUGCUGAGGGAGGCACAGUAGCGCUGCUGGUGCUACUGGUCGACUCACACGACACCUGGCCGCCGAUGUCGUGAGAGUCGUCGGGCGGUGUGGGCGUCGGGCCUGGUGCUGGUGCUACUCCUGGUGGAAAUGUGCUCUCAGACCUGACACAUCCAUGUCACAACACCAAACACAACACCAAACACAUAAGUGACACGUACAUGGACGGAUGGAUGGAUGGAUGUGUCGUGUCGUGUUGCGUUGUGUUGUGUUGUCGUGUGUCGUCAUCUCACUUGAGAGGUGGGUCGUGAGCGUCGUCAGCAUCAGGAUCGGUGUGCUGCUCCUUAUGCUUGCUGCCAUCUCCCGCCGCAGAUACGCUACGCUCGCCGCCAACAAGACCAACAUCCACACACCCACUGCGUACACGCAUCAACCAUGCAUGGGAGAAGGAAGAUCAAUCAAGGAGGAGAGGCCACAGACACUUUGUGUGGGUGUGGUACAGUACCUGGUGUGGCGCGGGUGUGGCAGGCUCUCCCCUACCGCGCCACGGACGGAAACAGAGAAGAGGCGUCCUGAUGGACAGGCCCGUUGGACAGCAGACGGAUCUCCAGCAGCAGCCGUCUGCAUCAAUACACGCAGACACACAAGUUAGUUACACAUGUACACGAACGAACACUCACCCUCUUUGUUGAAGUAGUUUGGGCGGCACUCUCAGCACCUCCCGACGCGUCGCCGCUCAUCUCUCCUCGCCGGUCCGUAUCAGCCGCAGAGGAGGAAGCCGCCAUUGACACAAGACGCCUGCACGAGCGACAAACAAAGCGAGCGCAGAGGAAACUACGCAUGAGCCUUCGUGGGGAAUGGAUGCAUCAGUGCCUCUCUCUCAAUCUCUCUCACCUAGAUGCAGUAGCCGAAACGCCUGAAGAAACGCCUCACCAUGCGUGGCGCUCCCAAGGUCUCUCUGCUUCCUGCCGGCCCGCCUCGUUCACCUUCGCCAACGGUUUGCAGCCAU